CGUGCGUGCAGUUCAGUGUUGCGCGUGGGGGUGGUCGCCUGUGUUGUUCCGUCGGUGGCGGGGACAGUCUAGGUUUUGUUUUUGGGUGAUCUCACUCUCUUGAACGAAGGUCAAAAUGGCUCACUUCAAGUUGUGUUCUAUAGCAGCUUUGGCUUUGUGCUGUGGAGCUCUGCUGACAGGUGCUGAACGAGUCACGCAGGAAGUCUACUUCGACAUCACCAUUGGUGGCGAGCAGGCCGGCCGCAUCCAGAUUGGCCUGUUCGGCGACACGGUGCCCCGCACAGCGCGCAACUUCGCCCAGCUGGCCAGCACCGGCGCCGAACUGGGCGGCCAGAGAGGCGGCUACGAGGGCAGCCCCUUCCACCGCGUCAUCAAGAACUUCAUGCUCCAGGGCGGAGACUUUACCAACCGGGACGGCACGGGCGGCUUCAGCAUUUACGGCCGCUCCUUCGAAGACGAGAACUUCAAGCUGCAUCACACGGGCCCUGGCAUACUGAGCAUGGCCAACUCUGGGCCCGACACCAACGGCAGCCAGUUCUUCAUCACCACCGUCCCCACCAGCUGGCUGGACGGCAAGCACGUGGUGUUCGGAAAGGUCACCCGGGGCAUGGAUGUGGUGCGCAAGAUCGAGUCUCUCCGUACCAACAGCCGGGACCGGCCCGUCCAGGACGUGCUCAUUGCCAAGUCGGGCCUCGUCGACUCGGCGCCGUUCGAGCUGGACCUCAGCGCCGCCUCCAAGGCUAGCUGCCAUCCCGCCGCGGCCGCCCUGCCGCUGCUGCUGCUGCUGGCCAGGGCUGUCGUGGUCUAAGUGACGUCAUAGUCGCGGCUGGCGCGGACACCCUCCGCGCGCGGCUGGGGAGACUCCGCGAAGCGCGACUACACAUGGAAGACAGAUUUGCGAUAAAAUCCAUUUCGAUGCCGGACCCAUCGUGCAACUUGUAGUACGGAUUUUUACUUUUAUAGUCUGUAAACGUUGAUCAACAAUAAGCCCAUAUUGCGGCGCAUUGAAUCGUUCCGCUAUUAUGAUGUCAGCGUGGGAAAGGUACAAUUCAGUGGACUGUCUUCUAAAUUGUGUAUCUUAUAGAGUAGAGAAGUGAGCAUAUGCUUAAGCCUCCACCAAAUAGGUUCAACUGUACGACCUUGAGGUUCCACCACGCCCUCCGCCUCCCCAUCCCCACCCGCUGUAGCAAAUUUAUGACAUGCAUUUUUAUGUCUGUGACGUAAUGUUGGGAGUGAAAAAUUAGGUUAGAUGCGUGAAAUGUGCAGAGCGAGAACAUGUGAUGGUGUUGAACGACACGCAAGAAAUUUGGCGCACCUGCCGCGUGCUAAUCUCAGUUUUCAGUGGACAUUUUUGACCGUGCCCCUCCCCACGUGAAACCUACGCACGCCCCACUUGAUGGCGCUCCCAUUAUGGCUACGGUUAAGUUUACAGCCUUACGACUCAAUAAGUAGUAAAAAAUGGUGAUAUCGCAUGCGGUUGGAAUGUGUGCGGGCCGAAAAAGCCCCUUGGUAAUCACAACAUUAGUUUCUGCUGGUGCCAAGGAAAAUAAAUCAAAAGUUAUUUGGAAGGCGUUAAACCUUUCAUGUCAUCGUAUGACGUUUCGAUUCAAUGUCUUUCAGAGUUGAGAUUCAUGUCGUUAGCAUCCGAUCAGAUAGUACAAGAUAUUUUUGGUAGAGGCCCGAACAAAAAGGAAGUUGGCAAGGAAAUUACCAAUACUGCAAGCAUGUAUGUAAUGGUCGCUAGGCUGUGGGCAGGGGCGUAUGGGAGAUCUCACAAUG